CUUCUUCCAAGUAUUAUCAGUCUGAUGCAAGAGCUGGUUUGGCAAGAAGUACUGAUUGGAGACAGUUUUAUUGAUUCCCAUACAUUUGCAUCGCCUAUCCUCAGGUUUUGUCUGAUCAAACCUGCUAUCACUUACAGUCUGCUUGAUUCCAGAAGCCAUGAUGAACUCGUUGGGAGGCAACCAAGUCGGAAAGGUUGAUGUUGUCAUCGAUCUUUCCGGUGAAGAACCGUCGAAAGAUGAUACAAAGCGACCUUUCCCGUUCAAAGAAGGAGCUUCAAUGGAGCCGAAGCUCGCCGGUAACGCUUGCAAGCCGCCGAAAAUCCCUGCCCAUGGUAAUAACGACUGCCUAGCAAAGGCCAAAUCUCUUACAAGGUCAGUUUACUCUAAGCCCAAGUCCCGGUUCGUGGAACAAUCUCACCCCAUGGAUCUGAGAAAGCUGGAGGAGCAUAGCGGCAAUCUCGGUGAGCAUUUCCAUCUGGGUUCGUUGUCUAGGAGUACCUUAGGUAUGGGGUCCCAAAAUUUCGUAUCAGCCAGGAGUUUUGCAUCAUUAGACGGCCAGGAAGAGGAAGAUGAAGACGAAGACGAAGACGAAGAAAUCUAUAUAAAGGUUAAACAAAGUAGAGAGAAGAACGGUGGAAUGAGUACUCUAGCUUUGCUCCAGUUGAUCGUAUUCGCGGGCAUGGUAGGCGCUUUGAUCUGUAGUUUAACAAUCGAUGCGUUGAAGGAACGUUUCGUUUGGGGGCUCGAGGUAUGGAAAUGGUGCGUUCUGGCUAUGGUGACGUUCAGCGGCAUGCUGGUAACGAACUGGUUCAUGCAUUUAGUCGUCUUCGUGAUAGAAAAGAACUUUCUUCUGAGAAAGAAGGUUCUGUACUUCGUCCACGGCUUGAAGAAGAAUGUUCAAGUCUUCAUAUGGCUCGGCUUAGUUCUGGUCACUUGGGUUUGUCUGUUCAACCAUGGAGUUAAACACUCGCCCGGCGCCACAAGUGUGCUAAACUUUGUACGGUGGACUCUUGUUUCCCUUCUGGUCGGGGCAUUCCUCUGGCUGGUUAAGACGUGGUUGCUGAAGAUCUUGGCCUCGAAAUUCAACGUCAACAACUUCUUUGAAAGAAUCCAAGAAUCCAUCUUCCACCAGUACAUUCUCCAGACGCUCUCGGGACACCCGCUUAUCGAAGAGGCGGAGAGGGUCGGGAGAGAGCCGAGCACGGGCCAACUAAGUUUCACGAGCGUCAAAGAAGGAACGAAGGUGAAAGAGAGGAAAGUGAUUGAUGUGGGGAAGGUUCACAACAUGAGGCGGGAGAAGGUUUCGGCCUGGACGAUGCGGAAUUUGAUCGAGGCGGUUAGAACUUCAGGACUCUCCACCAUCUCCAACACGUUAGAUGAAACCGCCUACGAGAAGGAGCAUACUGACAAAGAGAUCACGAGCGAGAUGGAGGCAAAGGCUGCCGCUUUCGAUAUCUUCAGGAACAUUGCUAAGCCGGGUCAUGAUUACAUCGAUGAAGAUGAUCUGUUGAGGUUCAUGAUCAAGGAAGAGGUGGAUCUUGUAUUUCCAUUGUUCGAAGGAUCAGAGAACGGGAAAAUUACAAGGAAAGCUCUUACAGAAUGGGUGGUUAAGGUUUACACCGGUCGGAAAGCCCUAGCACAUUCCUUAAACGACACGAAAACGGCGGCAAAUCAGUUGAACCAACUUGUAGCGGUGAUCUUGGUCGUCGUUACGCUCAUCAUUUGGCUUCUGCUUCUAGAGAUCGCGACAACGAAGGUUCUUCUGUUCUUUUUCUCACAGACAGUGGCUCUGUCUUUCGUGAUGGGAAGCAGUUGCAAAAACCUCUUCGAAUCCAUCGUGUUCGUGUUCUUUAUGCACCCUUUUGAUGUGGGUGACCGUUGCGUCGUGGAUGGCGUUCCGCUGCUGGUUGAAGAGAUGAACCUGUUGACGACAGUGUUUCUGAAGCUGGACAACGAGAAAGUGUUCUAUCCGAACGCGGUUUUGGCCACCAAACCCAUCAGCAACUACUACAGAAGCCCGUCAAUGGGGGAAGCCGUGGAAUUCUCGAUCGCAUUCUCCACGCCCAUGGAGAGAAUCGCUUGCCUCAAGGAAAGAAUAGCCGAAUACUUGGAGCAGAAUCCACAUCACUGGCAGCCGGAUCACAUCGUGCUGGUGAAGGCCAUUGAAAACGUGAACAAAAUCAAGAUGGCUUUGUUAUGCAUGCACACCAUCACCUUCCAGCAAAUGGGCGAGAGGAAUCUCAGAAGGACCGAGCUCGCUUUCGCCAUCAAGAGAAUGUUCGAGGAGCUCCAGAUAGAUUACAGCCUCCUUCCUCAACAAGUUCAUCUCAAAAACCAGUAACUGCAAUAGACGAGAAAUUUAUUUCCCCACCGGUUUAAGAUGUGUUUCCACGUGAACCGGGUCGGUACAAGUUCGGUUUUUGUUAACCGAAGAGUUGGAAGUAGUUUUCAACGGUGGUGGUGUAUUUUCUGUGAUUAUUAUGGGCUUUCAUUAACACUUCAUUGGGCCUAUAAUGGGCUUUAACAGUUAUUUAGAUU